UGAUGAAGCCAGUGAUAUCCCAGUUCUCAGUGAAAGGGGGAAGUCACCCAUCGACUAGUGAUACUGAACAAGAACUAAUAACAGGAUUUAGUAUAAGUGUUAACUUCUGAAACAAUGUCAACGGAGAGGCAACAGCUGCUUUUCGAGGGCUUCCUGAAGAAAAGGAAAGAUACAAUGAAAAUGAAGUGGUCAACCUAUUGGUUCAGGCUCCAAAACACAACAUUAUUCUUCUACACUAAGAAACAUGGGAGUGCUUCACACCUAAGAGGCCUGUACUACAUCUACACUGUGCAGUCUGUGCGUGAGAUCCAGAGGGAGAAGCGUAAGCACUACGUGUUUGAAAUCACCAUGAAGAAUGGGAAGAGGAAAGUACUGGCUGCAGAGACAGGGGAUCUGAGGAGGGAGUGGAUUGGCCAGCUGUGGAGGGCCAUGCAUCUCUCAGGCCCAUGGGGCACAGACCCAGGCUGCAUACGACAGCAGGAUGUGAGGUCUGAUGACCUGAAGGCCAGAGGUCGCUUCAGCACCUAUAACAGCUCAGAAUGUGACAGCAUGAUGGAACCACUGGGGGUUCAUCGACACCUCUCUGCACCCCUCAACCCCUCCACCCCUGACCAAGACCUAGACCAGGGACACAGGAUUACCCACUGCCUCUCUGGCCCCCUCACCCCUGACCAAAAUCUGGGGCACAGGGCUACCCUCUCUCUUUCCCUCACUGAUGAGCUCAGUAAUGAGGAAGCCAUAUACCAGAACACCAUCUCACAUUAUGGAGAGGAGGAUGAAGACAGUGUCCAUAGAUUUAGAAGGAGAUGUGAGGAGGAGAGAGAUGAAGAAGAGGAGGAAGAGUGUAAGGAGGAAGAGGAUCAGUAUGACAUUCUACCAGCUCCCCGGAACUCUGAGUAUCACAUCAACCAAUCAGAUGAAGACUUGACUGAUGGAGAGGACCUCUAUGACUUCCCACUGUCCAAUAGGAGGGCAAGUGACCGCCAAGAUUAUAGAGAGAUGACAGAGAGCAUCUAUGACGUCCCCAGUUCCCUAAUGAGGAAAAUGUCUGAACACACACUUGCAGAGCCUUACCCUGGAGGUGAGAUACUGGUGGAGGACAGGGGCCUCCUGGAUGACAUGAUGGCCAGUCUGGGUGGAGGGACGGUGGGCUGGAUAACAGGUGCUUCUACUGUGGAGCCCUACGGGCUGGCUCAUCAUGGCUCUUAGGACUGGUAUAUAGUAUAGACUCUGGAUAAUAUAGACUGAAUGAGUUUUCCUCAUUCAAAUUGUUCUAUAAAGCUUGACGCAUUCUGUUAGAGAUUUAAAUAUGUUUACAUUUUAUGAAAAAAAAUCUCAUUUGUCAUGAUAUUCUAUUCUAUUGACUUCUCUUUUAAUACAAUCUACUGUCAAGGAAAUACCAUAUUAAAUAACUAACUUCAUACUGUCAAAGUGUUCCACUUAGUAUAAUGUCAGGAGAGAGGUACUAUAGUAUUCAGGCAGACCCUAUCCUUCUUUUUUAGGAGGUAGAUCAGCUUUAAUACUGCAGAUACAUUGUGGCUUCUAUCAAUGUAAUUGUCUGCAUCAUUUCCAAUCACACAUGUAUAUUUUUUGUAAAUAUAUAGAGUAUAUAUUAUUUUAAAUAUAUAUACAUUUUAAAUAUAUUUAGCUUCUUUAUUAUUUUCCCCUAACCCUACCACGCCUCCCUUAAUUGGAGUAAACAAAUGAAAUAGAUUUGACUUGUUUAUUAAUUUCCCCUAACCCAACAAUACUUAGGCUUCCACUUCCAGGUUAUACAUACUACAUACAUUUAAUGGAAAAUAUAUUUUAAAAUCAGUUAUCUUCUGUUUGUUUUUAGUCCCAGCCUUCAGCUACCAUCAACCCCUCCC